ACUGCUUUACAGGCAGACCGGCCAUUACCUGCAGAGCUGGAAAUACUACUAAAUAAAAAUAAUAAGACGAAAACCAGGAACAGAGCGAGAGAGACAGAGAGAGGAAGAGUUAGAGACAGCCAGGCGAAACAGACAGAGUCAGCCUGGACCUCAAGACGAUGCUUUAUAACCUUCUGGACUCAGACUUACGUUACGACCUUUGAAACUCAAUAACAAAUCAUAUCUACAAUACCUCAACAAUACCUCACCAGUACCUCAGGAUAUCUCUGCAGACGGCAUCAUCACAGUCAUCUGGGCGACAUGUUUGUUGUGUCUAUCGAUCAGUUUAACAACCAUAUGAUGUGCCUGGUUCAUUGCUGCUAGCCUCUGCUAGUAGGCUGCAUGCUAACAGAGUACUUCAUACUAGCAUGGUUCACAUGAAUAGUAUUUAGCACUACCUGCUUUAUAUGAAAGGCAUGUAGUACUACCUGUGUUAGUAUAGUCAAUAGCAACCAUGCUAGCUACCUGAAUUGCGUUAUAACGUCCCUCUCCUAAAUACAGCUAGUGAGGAUGCUAGCCGGAGGGUAGUAGUAACAUCUGGAUGCUAAAGCGUACUGGAGCCUAAUUCUAUUGAAACAUCUGGAUGUGAGCUGAUGUUACCAGCAUGGUCUCAACAUCUGUCCCGGAGGACCGCUGUAGCAGGGACUACAUCUGUCCCGGAGGACUGCUGUAGCUGGGACUACAUCUGUCUCUAGGACUACUGUAGCUGGGACUACGUCUGUCCUCAGGACUACUGUAGCUGGGACUACAUCGGUCCUUGGGGCUACUGUAGCUGGGACUACGUCUGUUCUUUGGACUGCUGUAGCUGGGACUACAUCCGACCUGUACAGGGACUUCAUAUGUCCUUAGGACUACUGUAGCUGGGACUACAUUUGGUACAGAACAUCAAUAUGCCACCUUGCUGGGUAUCAGAAGGGUGGGUGUGAUGGUGGCUGCCUGCCCUCCAACAACAGUAAUAAUAACAUUAGUAAUAAUAGUAUUGAUAAUAAUAAUAGUGUAGAUGACAGCAGUGAUGCAGCCGGCACAGACCCAUUACGACUUCUUCAAUGAGGAGAAUUCUCCCAAAUGGAGAGGACUGCUGGUUCCCUCCCUCAACAAAGUGCUGAGUCAGGUGCAUCCUAAGCUGUCCUCCCAGCAGGAGGCGCUGCAGUACAUCGAGGAGCUGAUUCUCCUGCUGCUCAGCAUGCUGUGUGCAGCCCAGCCACGCACAGUACAGGAUGUAGAGGAGCGAGUACAGAAGAGCUUUCCUCAUCCUAUUGAUAAGUGGGCCAUCGCAGACGCCCAGGCCGCCAUUGAAAAGAGGAAGAGACGCAACCCCCUCGCACUUCCUGUUGACAAGAUCCACCCUCUCUUAAAGGAGGUCCUGGGUUAUAAAGUCGACCACCAGGUGUCCCUCUACAUGGUGGCCGUGCUGGAGUACAUCUCGGCGGACAUCCUGAAACUGGCUGGAAACUAUGUGAGGAACAUCCGGCACUAUGAGAUCUCCCAACAAGACAUCGCUGUGGCAAUGUGUGCCGACAAGGUACUCAUGGACAUGUUCCACCAGGACGAGGAGGUGCUGGGGGGGUUCUGCUCCCUGGAGGAGGAGGUGUGUGUGAGCGAGGAGCAGACCUACUACGACCUGGUCCGCUCCCUGAUGACCGAGGGCCGGCUGUAUCUACGCCAACUCAACCUCACCAUAAAGAUUUUCAGAGAGCCCUUCUGCGGCAAUCCCACGCUUUAUUCCCAGCAGGACGUGGACAGCAUCUUCAGCCGCAUCGUGGAUGUCCAGGAGGUGACGGUGAAGCUGCUGGGUCUCCUAGAAGACACGGUGGAGAUGACGGACGAGGGGAACCCCCACCCACUGGUGGGGAGCUGCUUCGAGGACCUGGCGGAGGAGUUGGCCUUUGACCCCUACGAGACCUACUCUCAAGACAUCCUGCGACCUGAAUUCCAUGACCACUUCCUGUGUCAGCUGUCCAAACCUGGAGCAGCCGACUACUUGCAGUCUAUCUGUGAUGGCUUCAAGGAGGCUGUGCAGUAUGUUCUUCCGCGCCUACUCCUAACACCGGUCUACCACUGUCUUCAUCACUUUGAGACACUCAAGCAACUUGAGGAGAAGAGUGAGGAUGAGGAGGAUAAGGAGUGUUUGAAGCAGGCCAUCACCGCCCUGCUCAACCUGCAGGGCAGCAUGGAGAGGAUCUGCACCCGCAACCUGGCCAAGAGGAGACUCAGUGAGUCGGCGGGCCGGUUCUACAGCCAGCAGAUGAGGGGGAAGCCCGUGGCCAUCCGGAAGAUGAACGAGAUCCAGAAGAACAUCGACGGCUGGGAGGGCAAGGACAUCGGCCAGUGCUGCAACCAGUUCAUCAUGGAGGGCCCGCUGACGCGCGUCGGCGCCAAGCACGAGCGCCACAUCUUCCUGUUCGACGGCCUCAUGAUCUGCUGCAAGCUGAACCACAGCGCGCCCCGCCUCCCCAGCUCCGGCUCCCAGGCCGAGUACCGGCUGAAAGAGAAGUUCCUCAUGCGGAAGGUCCACAUCAACGACAAGGACGACAGGGAGGGCGAGUACCGCCACGCCUUCGAGAUCGUCCUGAAGGACGGCAACAGCGUGGUGUUCGCCGCCAAGACGGCCGAGGAGAAGAACGGCUGGAUGGCGGCUCUCAUCUCGCUGCAGUACCGCUGCACGCUGGAGCGCAUGCUGGACUCGGCCAUGCUGCAGGAGGAGAAGGAGGAGCAGAUGAGGCUGCCCCGGGCCGAGACCUACCGCUUUGCAGAGCCCGACUCGGAGGAGAACGUGGUGUUCGAGGAGAACGUCCAGUCCAAGUCCGGGAUCCCCAUCAUCAAGGCUGGGACCGUCCUCAAGCUCAUCGAGAGGCUCACCUUCCACAUGUAUGCAGAUCCAAACUUCGUGAGAACCUUCCUGACCACCUACCGCUCCUUCUGCCGACCCCAGCAGCUGCUUGGCCUGCUCAUUGAGAGGUUUGAGAUCCCGGAGCAGCGUCCGGCGGAGGGGGAGGAGUCCGGGGCCGGGGAGCCUCUGCUGAGCGCUGAGCUCAAACGCUUCAGGAAGGAGUUCGUCCAGCCGGUCCAGCUCAGGGUCCUGAACGUGUGUCGCCACUGGGUGGAGCAUCACUUCUACGACUUUGUGCGAGACGCCGAACUGCUCAGGAGGCUGGAGGACUUCAUCGCUUUGGUCAGAGGUAAGCCCAUGAAGAAGUGGGUGGAGUCCAUUAGUAAGAUCAUCCUGAGGAAGAAACAGGCCAGUGGUCCCAGCCUGAACCCCCCCCUGCAGAGCUCCGCCCCCAACAUCACCUUCCAGAACUCACCUCCACCUGUGGAGUGGCACAUCUGCAGGCCGGGUCAGAGCGAGCACUUUGACCUUCUGACCCUUCACCCCAUCGAGAUAGCCCGCCAACUAACCCUGCUGGAGUCCGAGCUGUUCAGGGCGGUGCAGCCGUCAGAGCUGGUGGGCAGCGUCUGGACCAAGGAAGACAAGGAGCUCAACUCCCCCAACCUGCUGACGAUGAUCCGACACACGACCAACCUCACGCUGUGGUUUGAGAAGUGUAUGGUGGAGACGGAGCACCUGGACGAGCGUGUGGCUGUGGUCGGUAGGAUCAUAGAGGUCCUGCAGGUGUUCCAGGAGCUCAACAACUUUAACGGCGUUCUGGAAAUCGUCAGCGCCAUGAACUCCUCCCCAGUGUACCGCCUUGACCACACCUUUGAGCUGAUCUCUGGUCGUCAGCGGAGGAUCCUGGAGGAAGCCCAUGAGCUGAGCGAGGACCACUACAGGAAGUACCUGGCCAAGCUGCGCUCCAUCAACCCACCCUGCGUCCCCUUCUUCGGGAUCUACCUGACUAACAUCCUGAAGACGGAGGAGGGCAACCCGGACUUCCUGAGGAGGGCGGGGAAAGAGCUGAUCAACUUCAGCAAGCGGCGGAAGGUGGCCGAGAUCACCGGGGAGAUCCAGCAGUACCAGAACCAGCCCUAUUGCCUCAGGGAGGAGCCCGACAUCCGGCGGUUCUUUGAGAACCUGAACCCGAUGGCGGAUCGGGCGGAGAAGGAGUUUGCCGACUAUCUGUUCAACAAGUCUCUGGAAAUAGAACCACGCAACGUCAAGUCUCUGCCCCGCUUUGCCCGGCGCUACAGCUGUCCUCUGAAGUCCCCGGGCGUGCGUCCGUCGGCCGUGCGUCCGGCCGCGCCGCGCCACCCCACGCCACUGCAGAACGAGCCCCCCAAGAUCAGCUACAGCCGCAUCCCCGGCAGCGAGGCGGAGGGCGGAGCCUGCUCCACCCCCAGCUCCCCCCGCACCCCGCCCACCCCCUCCACCUGCAGCACCGCCGACACCACCUGCAGCGUCUUCGACCCGCCCCCGGGGCCGGGGAGCCCCCUGCACUCCAACUCCGCCCCCACGGAGCCCGCCCCCUCAAAGGGAGAGCUCCUCCCCCUGGGGCCCCCCGUCCCGCCCCGUCUCACCGCCCCCGAUGGGGGAGGGGCUCCCAAACUGCCCCCCAAAACCUACAAGAGGGAGGGCCCAGGACACGCCCCUGAGACCUCCUAG